UUUCAGAAGAUUAACUGAUACUAAGGAGCACGGUCAGGAUUGGAAAUCCAAACUGUCAUCUCCAUGUUCCUUCCUGGGAACUUUCCAAAAUCAGAAAGACAGUACACUGUGGAUGGAGUGACACCCACUGAGGUUUGUGGGCUCUACUCAGCAGAGCAUGGAAAGAUUCUUAUCCCUGACAAGCCUCAGCGAUCAAAAUGUUAUUUGUUCUGGAGAAGCGUAUAAAUGUGGGUGUUCAUGGCCCUUUUCUCAUGGACACUGUGCUGCUCUCUCAAGACCCUCCAGUCAUGAGGACAUUCAUCGUUCUCUCUGCUGUUCUCCUCUUUGUGGCCCCAGCCAAGAAUGCAUUUUUUGAUGACAAAUGCCAGAAGCUUGGUGGGAGAUGCAGGCAUUCUUGUGAGAAAAAUCAAGAAUUUGUUGCUCUCUGCCAGAAGACCCUGAGAUGCUGCAUGAUUCUCCAGCCAUGUGGGAAUCAUAGGGAAGAUGACUAA